AUGGAUCAUUGGUGUAAAUUUAGCAUCGGACGUCAGUACAUUCAUAACAUAUUUAAGCUAUUGGCUCUGUGGUCUACCAGCAUAAGCUUUAGAUUUGUCAACACAACAAGUCUUACCCAGAAGAGGAAGGAAGAUCUCACAGAAGGGAUGGCAUGCAAGCUAAUUGUUAUACUUGCAUUCAUCACUCUAACUGCUUCAUACAGAAUAAACAUGAGAGGUGGAAGAUGCCUGUGCCUUCAGACUACAGAUAAAAUUGUGUUCGGUCACACACAAAUCAAGACCAUAGAAAUCUUCCCUGAAUCUACCUCUUGCGAAAAUGUGGAAAUAAUUGUAAGUUUGAAAACUGGCAGACAAAUAUGCCUGGAUCCCAAAGCAACGCAGAUUAAAACAAUCUUCCAGCAGCUCAUCAGGAAGAAGGGAAAGAAAAAUAAUAAACCCAGCAUCUGAUUUUUCAUCAAGAAAACGAACACAAAGAGCAAAAGCAUAGGAGUCGUUCCUAAGUUAAAGCUAUGAUUCAAAAUAUGCAAUUAAGCCUUCGGCUGACAUAGUAUCUAUCUAUCUAUCUAUCUACA